AGAAAUGCUAUAAACUUUUUACUUGUGAAUCUGGCUAUCUCAGACAUCGUGAUUGCAAUCUUCAUCAUACCCGACUUCAUCCUAAGCCGCACAUUUAGCCAUCCUGACGGAGCGACCGGGUCAGUUCUAUGCCGACUGCUGACAGGCGGAAACUUCUCGUGGGUUGGAGCUGCUUCAUCGGUUUUUACCUUGAUGGUGAUAUCCAUCGAACGUUAUCAUGCAGUAUUGCAUCCUUAUGGAAAUAGAUGGAAGCUUAGCUAUCACAACCUGAAGGUAAAAAUGUUUCUGAGAUUUGCAUGUACAUAGACUAGAAUUUAGCGAUUAAAGCUGGUGGAUAAAUUUCUCUCAUUCAUAUCUGGAAAAAAUGGUGAAUAUAAUGCAUUUUGACGGAGAAUCUAAGGUGACCUCAGAGGAAUUUCAUUGGUCGCAUUUUUGCCGAAAUUUGGUGGGUCUAGGAAUAAGUCUCUCUUUCUUUUUUUAAAGUCAGUGUUUCCUUUAAUGCUAAUGAAGUUAUUAAAAAAAUAAUGCAGCCAUGAUGUUUUAAUCGGUUCCACCUGCAGCUCUGGCAAAGAUGUCACCACAGACAAAAUGAUCUUUGCUAAAGAAGGAGGCAAAGAGGGGGUUGGAGUAAAGAGCAUGAAGAUGGUGUGGCUCGAUUCUUAAGCAUAAUAUCUUUAUUCUUUAAUUUUCGUUUCCAUUUAUCAGUUGUGUGCGUUUUUCGUCCCUGCAUAGGUAAUUAUUCCAAGCUGUUGGAUCUUUGCAGUGAUUAUGAUUCUACCAACGUUUCUUAGUGUUGAUUUUGACAACACCAUACGCGACUGCAAAGAAUCUUGGCCCUCAAAGUGGAUGGGCAUAGCAUACAGCAUAACCUUGUUUUUAAUCUUAGCCGCCCUUCCUUUGGUAUUAAUGACUGGCUUAUAUUCACGAGUGGUGUACGCUUUGUGGUUCAGAAAAAAUGAUCACACUCAACUCUCUCAUCAACAACAAGUAAGAGAUGAUUGUAUUACUCUUUUAAUUUAACGGUUUGUGGUACAUUACUCUGGUUGGUUGAUUGGUUGGUUAAUCUUAAUUAGGCCUUAUUUCACUGUGUAGCCAACGAAAUUAAAAUUUGCUUGAAUUGAAAUCUUCGCCUUCUAUUCGAACUCUCCAAAGAUAUGAUAAAUAAUUAACUAUCCUUGUCUUCUCGGUCCGUACUGUAAAUUAUGGAAUUUCGUUUUUCCUCUCGGGUUUUUGGCGCACGCACCUUGCGCUUGGGCCAUAUAUCCGAGCGGGAAAAACUCGCUCUAACUUACAACACGGAACGAAAAACGAAGUUAGUAAGAAGUAUAUAAAAGAAGUGUUAAUAAGAAAAACGGAUCCAUUUUUUGCCAAAGUGUGUUUGCCAAAUCUCCACUCUAAGGAGGGUCUCCAAAAAGUUUUUCGGGAUCCGGGAUUGGGCUUAUUUAAAGGCUGAGAUCCGAGAAUUUUAAGCCAGAAGUGAGCGAGAUGCGGGAUUGCUAUUAUGAACGGGACACGGUAUUCGGUGAUUUUGAUCGGAUUCGGGAUAUAACACAAAUUGAUCUUGUCGGUCAUGAAAAGCACCAGGCAUACAGGCUCUCUAGCAUUCAAGAGGAGAUCGGGCUGCUCAGCGACACUCUUCAGUUAUUGCGCGGGAAUGAAACUUAUAUCAGAAGCGAAGUUGCCAAUUUAUCAAAAAUCCUCAGUGGCCCAUAGGGUAACGUGGCUUCUAAGACUGCUGCGUCAAUUGAAAUGCUUAACGGCCUUGAAAAACCUCCAGCAAGUAUCAGAAUUAUACCGAUAUGGUUCUCUUAACCUGUUGAGUUACAUGACACUAGAUGUGAAGAAUAUUCACCUUGUUGUGCAUCACAAAGAUAAACUUUUCACGGUGUAAGAUUAUCCAAGAAACUUUGGAAAUGUAGCCAAAGAAGGCUUAACGAAGAUAAUCCAUUAGGCGGCGUACUAUUUUACGAAUCCAGAAUCUAAAUUCUUCAUAUCCUGUCAGCCAUACCAGCAAUUCAACCGUUACCACCAGUGCCGAUGGCACCACAGAGCAUACAGAAGAUGACUGAGGAGGUACUGGGCGUAAACAUUUGUUGCAGCAGUACGUCAGCUCUCUGUCAGACAGGAAACAACGAUGGCAAGAACUGGAACUUCACGCCGUACCUCUAUCAAAGAGAAAUUCAGGCGGUCGAACUUCAAGGAGCAGCAAGAAAACAGCGGGAAACAAGACGAAGAGGAAGAUGGAAUACUGGAGUACGAUUCCCCGAGUGAUGAUGAUGACAUUCCAUCUUUGGAGCGAGAGGCUGAUUUUUACCCCGGAAGAGGUCCCCGCUUCAGAAGAACUGUUCGCUUCAACAGCAGAAUUGUGUUCAGUUAAUUUUUCUUUAUCUUCGUUGUUAUGGAACUAUGGGAUUGCGUGACCUUUUGUGUUUAAUGCACUUGUUGAAAUUGUUAUUCGUUUCUUUGAUAUUGAUCUACCUGUACCUAUACGUUUGUCCGUGAUCGAAAUUUAAUGAAAGGAGGUCGUUACCGUGACCAGCGUGCGUCAUUCGUGCAAGACUUUGAAAACUUCUAAAACGAAGGAUAUUAUCAUUUUGGUGAAAAGAGAUCAACUCACGCCUUACGGUGACCAUAGACUUCAACGGAUCAGUGCUGGUUAACAAAAUCAUCACCCACCGGAUAGGAAAUAGGCUAAGACAAUCGGGAUCGGGAUUGGCCGGUAUAAACCUUCGGGAUUACGGGAUUGAGAGAAAAUUUUAGUUGGGAUCGCAGGAUUGAUGAACCUUAUUGGGGACCCUCACUAGGCAAUAAAAGAUUCUUAAAAAGUGACGAUGCCCAUGUAGCGUGGUUUCUUUGUUUGUUUGCUUUGUUUGUUUGGUUGUUUUCACACAGCAAAUGACAGCAUAGCUGCUCGCAACUCUAAGAAGUAUUGAGUUAUCUUUUUAAACUUUUCUUUAUAAAGGGUGUCAUGAAAGUACGAAGGCGGGUCACUUUAACGGUGACAAUUGUCAGUGCCAGUUUUGGAAUCUGUUGGAUCACAGACUCGACCAUCUUUUUCCUGCAUCACGUCACUUCACCUUACAGUGAUGUAAGUUUUGCUAUCGGCGCUAUAAUGAUCCUUUCCAACUCUGCUCUCAACCCCUUUGUGUAUGCUCUGACCAACAAAAGAUUCAACCAGAAGAUCAAGGCCAUGUUACACCGUAAUGUCUUCCAAAGGAACAAGGUUCAUCCAGGUGAGGAACAUCUCAGCUGCAACGAACUAACGAAAGAACACAAGACGAUAGCAGCAUUCCUUCAGAUUUCCCAUUAG